AUGGGGUCCACUCCCAUCACCACGGGCACUCUCCUCCCCCUCUGCCUCUCUCACUCCCCUUUUGAGUCUCUGAAAAAAUUCGAGAAUCUCACAAGCAAAAGGGAUUAUGACCGAGAUGAGGUCGAAAAUAUCAAGAUGGGGAUCCUUUCGAACGGGACUGACAAGGUAGAUCAUCGCACACACACACGCAAUUUCUCCAUAUCUACCCCAUACGCUACUGAAUUGCUAUAUGAGGCUAAAGGACGCCCUGACAAAUCUUAUAUGACUAUUCGGGACCACAAAAUCCUCCGACCUUCCUUCUCAGUAUUAAGCUGCUGGGAAGCACAGGGCAAAUCCCUGCUUGAUGUGCCGUCCCCAAAGUUACUAUGGAGUGAGUAG